GGAGGGAUGCGUGCCGGGAACUUUUUGCCCGCCCUGGAACUACGAACGAUCGCGCCCGCAGGGGCUCCUUGCGGCCGCCGGGCGACCGGCAGAAGCGUGUGUGCCCGCCGCCGCCCCUCCCCCACUUCCGCCUCCCGCCUCUUCCUCGUUCCCGGCUCCCAGGGCCCGUCGGUCCCGGGGGAGACCCGGAGGCGCAGCCCCACCCCGGCCGGCGCGGCCCGCUACCACGCCCCCACCGCCGUCGCGCCGGAGCGGACAGCCUGAGUCAGCGGGGGCUCUGGGCGCGGCAGGAGCUGACAUGGACCCAAAUCCGCGGGCAGCCCUGGAGCGCCAGCAGCUCCGCCUUCGGGAGCGGCAGAAAUUCUUUGAGGACAUUUUACAGCCUGAGACAGAGUUUGUCUUCCCCCUGUCCCACCUGCAUCUCGAGUCACACAGACCCCCCAUAGGUAGUAUCUCAUCCAUGGAGGUGAAUGUGGACACACUUGAGCAAGUGGAAUUUAUCGACCUUGGGGAUCAGGACGGAGCUGACGUGUUCUUGCCUUGCGAAGAUCCUCCACCGACCCCCCAGACGUCUGGGGUGGAUGACCGUCCCGAGGAGCCGAGCCUGCCAAUGCCCACGGCAGACAGGACCACAUCCCGCACUUCCUCCUCGUCCUCUGACUCCUCCACCAAUCCGCACAGCCCGGAUGUCAGUGACGGCGGAGCAGACACGCCCUUGGCACAGUCUGACGAGGAGGAGGAUGGGGGAGAUGGCGGGGCAGAGCCUGGAGCCUGCAGCUAGCAGUGGGCCCCCACCUACAGACUGAUUGAGCUGCCUAUUCUCCACUUGAGACCCCAGGCCCAGCCAGAGCGCUUCGGAGAAGACCAGACUCUUUACCUGCAGUAGGCACCAGAGGGAGGAAAGGAUGGUGGGUGGUGUACCUUUCUGGGGAUUAACCCGCUCCUGCUUUACUGCUAACCUUUCCCUGCUGCAACCUCCCUGGCAGGUUUUGGCUUACUCCUGAGGUAGGGCCUGCAAGUGAGGAGGUGGAAGAUGAGAUAGGACAAGAUGCCACUGCUUUUCUUUGCACUCUUCCCUCCUCCAAACUAUCCUGCAGUCUCCUGAUAGAGUCUCCUAAACCAGUGUCUCUAAAUGGACGUGAACUCCUUAACACUCCCAGUGAGAUGGUACUCCAGCCAUCCUGCUUCCUUACAUCCUUUUUGGAACAGGGCACGGUAUGAAUAAUAAACAGAUAAUAAUAUG